AAUGACAGUCACUAUAUUUCUGGUGGCGCUGCUGCUCUGCUUCAGUGAGUUUACGUAUCAAACGUCAAACAAUGACGAGAAAACGCUACUAACUUUGAUUCGAAACAGAAAGGCCAGCGUUAGUGCGACAUCCAUCAGAUGUAGAAAAUAUCUUACUUACAGGCUAUGCAUUCUUCCUCCUCCUACCAGGAUUAAAGCAAUCAGUUGUAUAGAAAAUGGCACGUCAGAUGUAUCUACGUACAAAAUCGGCCAAGCGAUUCAAUGGUGUGUCCAUCAUCACAUCGACUACCAUGACACAGAGAAAAUUAACAAAGGACCUUUCAAGAGCCACAUUGGCGAGGCUGUUGACAAAUUAUGUUCUAAAACGCAAGUACAAGUAAGAAAGAAGACAAAUUACAUGAGGGCAAUUGGACCAGAGGCAUCUCUUGUUAUGGACUGUAUUGUUACAAAAGGUGUCAUACCUGAUGAUCGUUACGUUGUAAUGCAGUUAGAGCCUAAAUGUCUUCAAGAUACUUAAUGUGCUAACUUUGAGGAUUCAACUUCGCAGGAGCAUCUCAAAAUAUUUACUUGUAUACCAAAAAUAGACACUUUAUCAAUUUAAAAAUUUAUUUUGUAAAAAUUGAAAAGAUUUGCAAUUAUUUGUUUUUUAAUGUAUAUGAUGAAAUACAUGUAAACUGAUAUCUUUCUGACAAAACAAAAUCACUAGCAUAGAAUUUUGUUAAAUUAAUUGUAGGAAUAAACUUUUUAAAUGAAGAC